GGCUUAAUAAGCGUGUUCAGUCAAGGCAACCUCUCCUUUACGCUGUUCGACAAGAGCAACGUGACGGUGGUAGUAACACGGAUCCAUAUGUGGCGUUCCGAAGACGGAGUGAAAAGAUGCAAACCCGUAAAAACCGAAAAAGUGAUGAGCAGUCGUACGAAAGGAUGUUGAUCUUGAGAGAACAAAUGGAUUCUCUAGGGGAGAUACUCGGUCGACUUGUCAAACGUGAAGCUACAAAGGAAGCAAUUGUUAACUGUGAUUACAGAUGCUUUCAGCUUAGAUGUAAGCUAUGCGACUGGGAAGGCUCAAGUCUCGUAGAAGCCGAAGCUUUAGUGCGGAACCAUCACGAGGAUGAAGGUGUAGUAACUAUGAAGUCUUUGAAAGACAACAAAAGACGUCCUAAUCGCAAGCGCAAACUGGUCAAGAGGUUCAGCAAUCUUCCAAACCCCACAAGUUCCGACGAGGCUUCUGACAAUGAUGAUGAUGAGGAUCAAAGUGGACCAUUCUCUUUUGUUAGAACUCCUGGUUGCCGAUAUUUGAAGCCAAGGUCAUUGCUAGAAGAGUGUUCCACACUUUCCAGUCUCCAUCCUUCCCGCUCACCUUAUUCCUGCUAUACAUUAGCAACAAUUCCACGACUGUGUCAUACAAAGCAUCUUACCUACACCGGCUAUAUAAGGCGUCGCCUUGGUCGUGGCGGUCGAAUAAUAUGUGAUCGCGUUGCAGCCCCCUCGCAACUUUCUGCUUAUCUCCAGUCCUAUGAUGCGAAUUUGAGAUCUAGUGGUUCAGCUAGUCCAAGUCUUAUACCGUCAAACUUUUGCUGGCGACAGUCACAAACAAAAGAUGUUGCUUUGUUUAAUAGACUAAAGACUUCUAUUUUCAGUUCGCAUCGUAAGCAUCCUUCAUUCUCCUGGCCUGUUUCUGAAACUAUCUUCCCACCAAUACCCUUCGAACCUAUACUUAUUGAAUCUAAAGGUUCCAUGGAUCAUCGUUCCUCUCCCAUUUUCUACUCGAAGACGGAUUGUCCAACAACUUCGAGGAAGCAUCCAGAUGAUGUGACCAUAGAUGAAGUUGCUGUGGACGCGGGACGUGAGUUAAAUGAUGUUCCGAAUGACGGUUUGUUGGUUCAGGAAAAACAUUCUCCCUUGCACCCUCAGAACGAUCUAACGCCAAAGAAAUCAGUUAAUGUAUCGUCCGCGGUUAUGAUUCCCAUCACGAAUCCAAAUAUGUGUCAAGCUUCCCAGGCCAUAUUGGUGCCGAAGCCUAGCAAUAGUUUGGUAUCAACUCAUCGCCUGUGGCGAAAGCUGGCAAGGCCAUACGGUGUUACACUUCAGCCUUCUGAGUUUCCCAGGUCCCACAGUGUUGAUGUUUCUUUCAGUAAUUCUAAUGGUAACGGCCUUUCUUCGACGGACAAUAAAAUGUUGCUGACGGAUCCUUCAGUCUUGCCACCACCUAAAGUACUCUGUUUAACUCGUGACUGUGGGUCUAGGGAUUCAAAAGUUCCUGGUCCUCAGCUGCAUGUUACGAAUGGAGUGAGCCCAACACAGAUUUUUCAGCUUCCAACUUAAUCUUCCGAACUUUGCAAUAUGGAAGUUGUCUUUUUUAUAGUUCAUUGUUAGCAUUUAACUAAACUCUUCUCAAGUAUUACCUCAUUAUACCUUUUGUGAACAGUUUAUUUGCAAUCCCAGUGGUAUGAUCUUGUAGCUUUUGUAAAGCUUAUUAUUAUUGCGCUUUUGCGCUUCAGUUGUACAUAGGGGCCUUUACGGCCACCCCCUUUCAUUUUCCCUGUACACUUUCCCCUUCGCUCCAACGAGCUUGUACAUUUUAUUGGCGCAUAGCGUCGUAUGUCAAUUGAAUCAAUGCAUAAUCUGAAUGAAUUGUUUUCUUUUUUAUGUAGUUGUGAUAAAUUUUUUUGUACCUUGGUACUUUGUUGUUUUAUCGAAAUAAGGGUUAAUGUAUAUUUCUAAAGAUGAAUACCAAUUUUACUGGUUAACAAGUUAAAUGUACCCCCCUGAAUAUGGUUAACCAGCCAAAGUGUAAGAGGUCGGAUCCAAUAUAGGCUAUGUAGUUUUUCACGUCCAAUUGUUUGUUAGCUUGUUGGACUCGUAAGUCAAAAAUGGAGAAUGAAUCUCUCACUAACCUGUGGGUGUUCUUGUAAAUUUACUGAGUGCGAGUUGUCAGCUUUUGUACGUGUUAAGUCCUUGUUUUCUGAGGUUACGUGCUUCAAGCGACCAUCAUGUUUGGUCACAUGGACGCAAGCACCUAGAGCUUCUUCGAAGUCGUCGACACGUAUUAAUGAUAAGCAAACUUACGAUAUGCCAUGAAGUGGUGCUUACUAAGACUGGUGUUCUGUAGUCACCUUGUCUUUGUGGUUUUGCGUUGUGUCUGUACAGUUAUUUGUCGAUAAGCAAGGAUAUGUU